AUCUAGUGAUUGCCAUUUUGCUAUAAUAUUUAAUAAACGAUAGAUAAUGAUAUUCUCCCAGUCAAACGGUGAUGUGUUUAAGCGGUGAGAGAUGAGAACCAAUGAGAGUGAGGUUAACACAGUGUUGUAUGACGUCGUGAGAUGCACCAGUAAGCUCACCUCUCACAUAACCUCUCGUCCUGCCACGCUGUUUUAUGUCUGUGGAAGCGACCAGCCACCAGUCUGGAUUUUAUUUGGGAAAAACUUCAUAUAUUUAGAACGCAAAACAUGCCACGUUCACGGCGUCAUCGUUCAAGCACUGAACGUAGCCGCAGCCGCACCAGGGAUCGGGAUCGAGACCGAAGACGGAGGCGGUUGGAGGAUUCACAGAGUUACUCAUCGAAACAUCGUAGUAGAUCAUCGCGCACUAGAGGGUAUGCCAGAAUUCCAUCACGUUCAUUGCCACUUGUAGACGUGAGUGCUAUAACUGGUUCUGUAUAUUUUCAUUUGUGUAUUAUAUGUUAUAUACUAUGAUUAUGUCACAUCCUGGGAUUCUUGACUACUAUAAUCGUAUAGCUGUAGUAUUUGUAAGUAUUGAGCUUCGCUUGUGGAAGGCCAUACUGAGUGUGUUUCAUCCUCAUUGAUAA